UCCGUCCACCAAUUAAAACCCUACUUGCAUUUAAAUAUUUGUCCACCAAUUAAAACCCCAUUGUGCUUUUUGUACCCUUUUACCCUCUCUCUUUACUUUAAAUUAAAUUACUACCCUUUGCCAUUAAUUAUCCCACCUCAUUUUUUACCCCAUUUAAUUAACUAACUAAUCAUUCCCCUAAUUAAUCUAACAUGAUUUUUCGCCACUUUCAAAGCAACCACAGAUUUGGGCCAAUUUUCCUUGAAAUAGUGUCCGGCCAUUUUAUGUUCUAGAUUUUCGUUGUUCUUCAUUUUGAGGAUCCAUGAAACUCUCUCUCUCUCUCUCUCGACUUCAUUAAUCUAUGAAUCUCUCUGCACACAAAAUGUCUCGAUUCAGCGAUUCGGACACAAUUGUGUCGGAAACCGAAUUCCCGACCUUCAAUCUCUCUGAGUCGGAGUCGACGAUGCCGGAAUUCGAAGCAGCGGGCUUCGAUCUCUCUGAAUCGGCGUCGUUCUUGGAGGAAUCCGAAGCAACAGGCUUCGAUCUCUCUGAAUUGGACCUGUUCCUGACGGAAUCUGAAGCGCCGGGCUUCCAUCUCUCUAAAUCAGACAGGUUCCUGCCGGAAUCGGAAGUGCCGGGUUGAGAGGCGGCGAUGCGACUGGCUGGAUAUGAGAAUCUCCUUAAAUGAAUGACAAAUUUCUUUUGCCUCCACUCUUUCAUUCAUACUGUUACUUGAAACAUACAAGGAAAAGAAAUUGACAGAAAAAAAUGAACGAAAAAUUAAGAAGGAAAGAUUAAUAAAAAUAAAUAACAAGAAAAAAAAUGAAAAAAAAAAACAGAAUUUUAAUUUAAAGAAGAAAAAUAACAAAAAAAUAAUUUUAAUAAAACUAAAUUCAUAAAAUAAAAGAAUUUUCUAAUCAAAGAUUAGUAGAAGUAAUUCAAUCUCUUAACCACUACCCUUGUAUUUCACCCACAACACCUUUUUUAGUUUUCUUAGUCUCCGUGCCCAUCCUCAAAUGAGGCUUUAAUUGGUGGACGGAGGGGUGCCCAUCCUCAAAUGGAGUUUUAAUUGGUGGACGGAGGGAGCAGUAUUUAUAGAACAUGAAAAGGACAAAAGAGAAGAGAAAUUGUAAGCUGCGGAACUAGGAAAUGGAAACCUAAUGAUCCCCAUGCCCCUGCAUUCCACUUUUUUUUUUUUUUAAUUAUUAAACACCACCAAAAGUCGUGCCCGAUUUGGAGCUACUCAGCACAGCUUCACCCCUUAAGACUAAUAUGCCCCCUCACCAUUCCCUACUUAUAACCAAGAUUAGCAAUAAAUUCUCAAAUUAAUGUACAAUUAAAUCAAGGAAACAUGAAAAUAGAACAAGUUAAGCCAGGAGAGGAAGAGGCACAAGGUGCGCCUUUAAGGAAUUGGAAAAAAAAAAAGAGAAAUAAAGCGCGGAAAUAAAGAUUCAAAAGAAAGAAAAGAAACGGAAAAAAGGAUAUAAAACGCAGGGUAGUAGCAAGUUUGACCCCCCACCGGCCUAAAUCUAACCUCUUGAAUUCAUUUUGACAGAGCAGAGAAGGCAACGACAAAUUGAAGUUCCAAAUAAAGAGUUAAAAUAGUCACAAUUAAAUCAAAGAGGGGCCACCGCAGACAACCCAAUGUCCAAGUCUUCAACGACGUCGACGGCCGCCGUCAUCCGCCCCCAUGAUUUCGUCGACAGCCCCAUCCACUACGCCGUCGCCACAGGCGACCACUUGGCUCUCAACAAACUCCUAUCUAGCCUACCCAAAAUGCCCGAUCCCACCCUAAUCCACACCGAAUCCGAAUCCCUCGCUCACGAACGCAUCGCUGAACAAAUCUCCGCCGCCCUCGACGGCCGCGACAACAGACUCAGGGAAACCCCACUGCAUAUCGCCGUGCGACUCAACGAUGCCGCCGUCGCUCGCGCACUCGCUGCCGCCGGUGCCAACAUAUCCCUUCAGAACGCCGCCGGCUGGAAUCCCCUGCAGGAAGCGCUCCUCCGCCGCUGCCCGGAAAUCGUCGCCCCCCUCGUCCAGCACCACCACCUCGCCGCCUGGUCCAAGUGGCGGCGACGCCUCCCCCGUCUCGUCGCCGCCCUCCGGCGAAUGCGGGAUUUCUAUAUGGAGAUCUCAUUUCACUUCGAGAGCUCCAUCGUACCAUUCGUCGGGAAAAUCGCCCCCUCCGAUACUUACAAAAUCUGGAAGCGCGACGGAAACCUACGGGCCGACACCUCACUCGCCGGCUACGACGGCCUCAAAAUACAGCGUGCCAAUCAGAGCUUUCUCUUUCUAAACGACUUCAGUAACAGCAGCAGCAUCGACAUUCCAGAAGGCUCCCUCCUCAUCCUCAACCACGACGAGAAAAAAAUCUACGACGCGUUCGAGAAUGCGGGGAAUCCAUUAUCGGACGCCGACGUUUCCAAUUUCUGCAACCAAACCAGCGUUUAUCGACCGGGAAUGGAUGUAACCAAAGCGGAAUUGAUCGGCCGCACAAAUUGGAGACGCCAGGAGAAAACGGAAACUGUUGGGGAAUGGAAAGCUAGGGUUUACGAAAUGCACAACGUCAUGUUCACUUUCCGUUCACGCAAAGUGAACGCCGCUGAGCACAGAGACGAUCCGUUCUCGCCGACGUGCGUGCUGCCGCUGGAGAUGGACGAGGAGUCGGAUGAGGGUUUCAUCGUAGCAGAGAACCCGAGAUUCAGCGACAGACAGCGGCGGCACAGCAGUUUCGUGAGAGAGGAUCGGGAAUUUGUGACAGUGUCGAGGAAGAGUGUGGAUAUAAUUCCAAUCGACUCACGGAGAACGAAGGCGCCAUGCGCCGGAGACAGAUUGGCGGCGGCGCCGGCAACGAAGGAGAAGGAGUACGCGAAGAGUUUGCGGCCGAUGGUAUGGCUGACGGAGCAGUUUCCGCUGAAGACGGAGGAGUUACUGCCGUUACUCGAUAUCCUGGUGAAUAAAGUUAAGGCCGUCAGGCGCAUGCGGGAGAUUCUGACGACGACGUUUCCGACUGGGACAUUUCCCGUAAAGGUUGCGAUCCCUGUGGUUCCUACAGUGAGAGUGGUGAUAACGUUCACCAAAUUUGUGGAGCUGCAGCCAGCCGACAAUUUCUUCACUCCGCUCUCGAGCCCAAGGCAAUUUGCUAAUGGAAGAAGCAGCGCUGAAGAGACCAGCAGCGGCUACUUCUCCUUGUCGUCAUCGUGGCUGAGGGGCGGCCGCCACCAAACAAGCGGUGGCAGCGGCCUCCCGCAAGAUCCUUUUGCGAUUCCCAGCGGCUACAGCUGGAGUAGUUUUGAUGAAAAGAAUAGGAAAUUGAGCAAGUCCAAGUCCACCAGAAGAACUAAAUGAAUAUAGUAUAUCAUUUACCCUUAUUAUGUUUAUGGCUUUAUUGUUAGUAGAUGCUAAUUUAGAUGUUAGGAAAAUAUUUUUAUUUGUAUUAUACUUGUGCACAAACACAGGCAUAAGCAUUUUCCCCCUAGCUUUCGACUUUAUUUAAUUUGUUCCAAAUCUGGCCAUAUACGUAAUGUGAUGUACUCCUACUAUUGUUUCUAAUAAAGAUGCAAUAGAGUUCUGGUUUAGAUAUGCAUUUUAGGAGAAAUAAAUAAAUAAUGCACACAUGUUUUAAGACGUGCAAACUGCAUCAAUUCCAAUUUGCAAGAAAAGCAUCAUCUCAGAUGGGCUGCAAGAUAGGAAGGAAUCAAUUAAAAUACCUAACUUGCCAAAACAACAGACCAUGGGUUUUUCCAUUCAAAACAAAAAAUGUUGAAAGGUGAAGAAAAAAAAGAGAAAAAGUGGAAAUACUGAAGAGGAAGGAAGAUCUGGUGGUCAAUAAAACAAAGAGUUUGACACGCAAAUCAAGGUGUGGUAGAAAGUAGUAAUUCAACGACAAAUCUGUGUGUGAAAAGGAAGCACCACAAAUCCACAAUCGUAAUAAUAAUAAUAUCUCAAUCUCAAGCCGUGGAAACUUCACCCUCAAGUUCCUCUUGUCAGUCCAAAUUAGCAUAGUAUAAAAGUAAAAUUUCAAACGACAAAAGAAAAAAAACCUAAAAGAUUUUGUAACCAAUAAGGUGACAGCCCUGGCCAAGAUGCUCAAAGGUUAAAUUUAUUUGUAAAUAAAAUCUGAAAUGGGAUUAGGCCAAAUAGAAUGGAGUUGGUAUUAAAAAAUAGAUAAGAAACAAUAAUGUGCGAACCAAAACGUUGCUUAGAAAGACAGUAACCUGUGAGUUGGCAAUUCUUCUUAAAGAAAAGGAAAGUCAGUUAAAAUGACAGCCCAUCCACAUGCAUCCUUGUUUAUACAUCCCAUAUAUGUAUAUCUACCCUUGAGAAUCACCUCAUUCUUCAUUCAAUUUCAACUCAUCUAAAAUCUAACCUCUCCUUGCUAUCUUCCACACCAGGCAAACAGCGAUGGCCACCGAUGGGCCAAGCUGGGCAGAUCAAUGGGGUGAAGGAGGGUUUGGUGCUAUGGCAGAUGAUGACACCAAAGGCAACAAAGACACUGGAGCUGACAAGAAGGCGUCCGCCUCCGGCGGGUUUGGGAAGGCCAAAGCAGCAGCGGUGGCGGGUGCACAAAAGGUCAAGAACAGCACAUCGAUGAGCAUAAAGUGGGUAAAAAAUAAAUGCCAAAAGAAAACCUCUAGCACAUGAACACAAAGGUUUAUCAGUGGUCACAUAGCUAUAUGUAUGUUCCAAGCUACAGAAAUGACAUUUGAUUUCCCAAAACAUGUAAUGCAACGUUAGACUUUGAAGCUAUUCGAAUAUCCAGGUAGACAGCAUAAAAUCCGUACCCAUCCUACCAUUUUUUAAGUCAAGUUAUCCAUACAAUUUCAUCUUCAUUAUGAUCAA